UUUUUUCGCAGCUUCGAAAUAUUUUUUUCGCUGCUGUGAGUUGCUUUGCGUGGUUUUAUUCCGAACACGUUAACACCAAGCGAGGUUCUCGACGGCUCGAUGGCGGUAGCAGCGGCGGGAAAGUGGAGAGAGACGGCGAUGUUGGUCAUUGAUAUGCAGAACGAUUUCAUUUUACCAGGGGGUCCGAUGCAUGUCGCCGGAGGCCAGGCCAUCGUCCCAGAAGUCAUCCGCGCUGUCUCUGUUGCGAGGGACCGUGGCAUAUAUGUUAUUUGGGUUGUCAGGGAACAUGACCCCUGCGGGAGAGAUGUUGAGUUGUUCCGGAGGCAUCUAUAUGUUAAUGGCAAAGGACCUACCAUGAAAGAUUCGAAGGGCGCUGAAUUAGUGGAAGGGCUUGUGCCUUUAGAAGGGGAAUAUAAAUUAGUGAAGACACGGUUUAGUGCAUUCUUUGACACUCACUUGAAUUCUCUCCUUCAAAGCUCUGGAAUCAAGAGCUUAGUUGUUGUUGGAGUUCAAACACCAAAUUGCAUACGUCAAACUGUCUUUGAUGCUGUCGCAUCAAACUACCAACCUGUUUCUGUUAUUGUUGAUGCAACAGCUGCUGCAAACUCAGAAGUUCAUACAGCUAACAUUCGGGACAUGCAAAACAUAGGAGUUUCAACACCAACUCUGCAGGAAUGGUGCAGCGAUUAUGCUUGAUUUAGGCUUCGUUUGGGAUAGCUUUCAUCUUGCUUUCUAAAACAACAUUCUAGUAUAAAAAUUUAUAGUUUAAGAAUUUUUUGUAUUAAAAAAUUAUUUUAGAAAGCAGCAAGAAAGCCGUCAAAGCUUCGUUUAGGAUGACUUUCUUACUGUUUUUUAAAGAAACUUUCAAACACAAACUUUUAAUUUUUGUACUAAAAAACUGCUUUAAAAAAUAGUAAGAUAGCCAUUCCGAAUGAAACCUUAGUCUCAUAGUUUUGUUCUGCUGAUCAAUUGUAUAGUUAGGUGAUUGUCUUUA